CUUAUCGUUUUUCUUUUCUUAUUGGGUUCUUUUUCUGUUUUGUUGUUUGUACCAAUGUUGGAGUAACUGGAUGAGGCCUAAAAAGAUUAUAACUUUAUAUGUUUCUAAUUUAUGAUUAUUUGAAGCAUGUGUAUAAUUGGAUAAUUACUGUAAAAAUUAGCCUAUUCUUUUUGGUACUUAUGGUUCAGAAAGUUUAUAUCUUGGUUUGAUUACUAACAGGUUUUUAUGAAUUUAGGACCUGUUCGGCAGAGAUUACGAGAAUAGUUUUUUUGAGAGUGGGUCUCAACUUUGAGUGAAGAAGUAUGACAGCUGGAACAGUGAAAUAACGGUGAAAAAAAAUGAUUUUUUAGGUGAAAAGUUGCUACCAAACAGGGGCUUAAUUAGGGAAAGUGAGUGUGUGUGAAUUGUUUAUUUCACGGAUCCAAUCAGCUGGACCUUUUUCCCUUUAUAACUAGGAAAUAGAGGUGCAUGAUCUUGCAAAAUUAAGAAAUUAUAUGUAAGAACCAUAGCAUAGCAUUUCGUUAUUAAUUGGCAAAGCUACUUUGAUUCUCUAGGAACCAAUAAUGGGGGACUGUUAAGAUGGUUAAAGCAAACUGUUUGAAGUCUAGAUGCAGCAUGUGGAUUUUGUGAUUGAUGCUGACGUCAAUGGCAUAGUAGGAAGUUCUAUUGAUAUUGUAGGAAGAUCAGAUGAUGGAGAUGCAAUUUUAGGAACUUCUGCUGAUGGAGCACUGCAACAUGGUCUUGAUAUUAAAGUAGAUGAAGAUUCUUCUGGCAGGGACUUAUUCCCACAGGAUGGGCCGCAAACUGUAAAUAGUUUGGGCCCUGCAGAGGAACCUUAUGUGGGCCAGGAGUUUGAAUCUGAAGCAGAAGCACAUGCAUUUUAUAAUGCAUAUGCAACAAGAGUGGGGUUCAUCAUCCGUGUGAGCAAGCUUUCUCGAUCAAGCCGUGACGGAUCUGCAAUUGGUCGUGCAUUUGUUUGCAAUAAAGAGGGUUUCAGAAUGCCUGACAAGCGUGAAAUGAUUGUACGGCAACGGACUGAAACAAGAGUUGGUUGCAGGGCGAUGAUUUUAGUUAGAAAAGUAAGCUCUGGGAAAUGGAUUGUCACAAAAUUUGUCAAGGAGCAUACACAUCCUCUAUAUCCCGGCAAAGGUCGUAAGGAUCUAAUCUAUGAUCAAUAUCCCGUAAGUACGUGCUUGCUUAAUUGUGAAGUUCUUCCAACACAUGUACAUCAAUCACUUCUAUUUUUAUUUUUAUUUUUUUCCAAAUAUUCUGUUUUUGCUUUUUACAUUUUGUGGGCACUCAAUGGUUCAUCACUAAACUUAGCUACAUGUUUUUAUUACUGAUAAAAAUCAUUACCUCAUAAUUUUAUGCAAUUCUGGAAUAAUUUUGAUAACAGCUAUCCCAGCAAUGCAUUAUGUAAUUAUAUUUUUAUAAAAAUUUGAGUCAUGCAAGUGUUAUUGCUGUGUUGGUUGAAAACUAUGUUGAGAUGCUCUUCAUGGCAGUGGAUUAGUACCUAAACUCUGAGAACAAAUCGACUAAGGGAGGUGGAAUCAAGCUAGACAAUUUACAUCAACCACACCAAGAAAAAUGCUUGAUUUGCUAUGGCAAUUAUGUCGCUGUAUGAAUGUGAAGUGUAUAAAAGAAAUCAAAAUCCACGACCCUCUUAAUUUGUUAUGAAAUAUAUCAUUGGCAGUUGUAUACAAC